AUAUUAUUGUAUUGUUGUUGCCAAUAGUCUGGCAUGCAAACUACAUUUUUAUGUCACAGCUGACAGAGAGGAGCUACUUCUGGGAAACACUUAAAUAGCUUCAAAUAAUACUUUCCAGUACUUGAGCAAACGUGCUUAGUUACUUUCCACUACUACGUUGAACUGACACCAAACAUGAGUAUUUCUCUGAAGAAAAUGGAAAAAUCCAGGCCAUUUUGUUCACGGAUUUCCUUAAUUUCACAGCUUAACACGUUGCAUUAAAUGCUCAGAUCUCGAGGUGGAUCACUUUCAUUACUGCGACCAAAAUAAGGCAGCAGCUCGGGUCCGGCAGUGAUUGGUGAGUUGGUGGGGCACUCCUCAGCAAGAUGGCUGCAUUGCUGCGCGCAAUAGUGGCAUCCUGGUGAUAUGACGCAAGCCACAGUUUACGUUCAGUCCUCGAGGCUCUGAGCUCUCCGGUCUCCAUAGCGCAGAUCCCGCCCGACUCACAGCCGGAAGACCGUCCGGGCUAUCCUCCAGUGGACCGAGCGGAACCGGUUCAUCUGAGUGAGAGUGCGAUGAGGAGAGCUUUCAGAGUGUGAGGCCAUGGGCUGCACCUCGGCCAAGCAGGUGUCGGCCGUGCCCAACGAUGAGGAGGGACGCGGCAAGGCCUACAGCAACGGAGACCUCUUCACUGACGAAUACAAGAUGAAGGGAGUGGAGGAGGUGAAGUACAUGAGAGGGGAUGAAAACCGGGUGAAUGCACGCAACCAGGAGAACCUGGAGAAGAGUAAUGUGCAGUACAGAGGCAAACCGCAGAAAGAGGUCUCUUCAGCAAACAUCAAGUCGAAUAUUCACACGUCAGAGAGCCAGCAGGAAUUUUUCAGGAUGCUGGAUGAGAAGAUUGAGAAGGGGCGAGACUACUGUUCGGAGGAGGAAGAGGAAGAUGGGACAUAGCACAGAGGCCCCCAAGAUUCACCCCCACAGAGAGCCUCACAGUGUGUGUGUGUGUGUGUGUGUGUGUGUAAAUGCGUUCGUGUGCCUGAGAAAGAGUUGAAUCAGUGUUUUUCCAGUGGGGCGCUGGUGUGACGGGACACUGUACAUGUUAGUGUGAGCAUGUGUGUUUUUGAACGUAUGGCAAAGAUAGUAUUUUAAUGGAAAGCGAGAGGGAUAAAUGUGAGAGAAAAAGAGAGAUAGAGAGAGAGAGAAUGGGAUAAAGAAGACUUUCUUCAGAGACUACAGCCCUCCUCUCCUAGCUCCUCACCCCGACAGGCCCCUGAGCAGACAGAUGGAGGUGGCGGAGCGAUGAAGAGACAGACAGAUGAAAGCAGGGAGAGACAGAGGAGGACGUGAGGAAAAAGGACACGCUCGGGUCAAACAGAGUGAUCUCCUCGAGGAGGACAGCAGCAGCUCCUCCAUCUGUCCCUCCGUAUCUGUCCGUCUGCUCCUCUGUGGUCCCAUCCUGAUUAUUUAACCCGUGCAGUUGGACAAAAGGAACUCCCAGAUAUGGACGCCCUGUGCAGACGAAUGUCUCUGGUGGGUGUGUGGAGAACUGACGGACACAUAAGUGAAGAAGAGCGGGAGGAAAAGAUGGUGAAGGCAGAGGAGUUGAGUAACACCAUCAGGAUCUACACUGAACUUUUUGGCCUGCCGACCUUCAUCCAGGCCUGCUGGGGACACGAGGGACUGAGAGAAUGGGCGAGUACGGGUGAGGGAAGAAAGAGAGAGAAAUUUGUGAUAUUUUAAUAAGAAAGAGUAGGGAGCGAGCCGGUGAUUUAGAAACUCUAAACUCCUCCUGCCUUCUGAAGUCAAGGACCUUUUUUUUUUUUUUUUUUUUUUUUUAAAUUUUCAUUCUGUUCUGCAGUCACUCGUUCGGUUAUUUUUCCCCUUUUCUGAUGUUUUUUUUCUUUGGUUUGUUUUAAUCUUGGCUUCUUUUGUAGUGUAUCAUCAUCAUCAUCAUCUUCAUCAAGGUCCUGGUCAUCCUCCUCACCGGAGCAGACGGACUGAAGCUGUGUUCAUUAAGAGCAUCUGUGUCUCUGUGACCCAAUCCAUCCUCCUUCAUACAACACGACAAUGCAGAUCCUAGCAAACAUCGUAGCACACACUCAUUCCAACACACUUCACACACAUUCAUGUACAUAUAAACCACACACACAUUAUUCUAUCCCUUUCAUUUCACCAGCAGACUGUCAUGUGCAUCAAUCAGAGCUACUCUGUAAAGCUCUAUUUCUGCUUUGAUUCAGUGUUCAGACACACACACACACACACACACGCACACACGCACUGAGGCAGAAAACUGGGCUGAGCUCAAGGGGAGGAUGCGUUGUUGCUGUGUAGACACAGACCUGAUCACAUUUUUUUCGUUGUCAUCUUUACCGGAUACUUCCUGUUGUAUUAUUUUGAAUACUUUUUUCUAUUAAAAAUAAAAACGAAGAAGCUCUUAA